GUUAAUUUGUUGGAUCAGCAUUGCUCAGAAUGAGCCUUUUGCCUUCCCCUAAACGAGCUUCUGCCGUGGAUGACUCGUCCUCCAACUCUAUAAAUACUGUGAUGCUGCUAUAGACGUUCAUCAUCGGCUCUCUUUCUCCCUUUCUCUCUGAUCAUGGCUGCCAUUAAGCCAGUAGUGGUGUUCGCGGCUCUUGCCUUUCUGGUGUUCCAUCUUGUUGAGGGCAGACUCGCAUCUGAGUUGCAAUUGGCAGAAGUCAGGGGACAUGAAAGAUCACUCCUCCAAACUAUAGACUGCGCAGAGGCUUGCAGUGUGAGGUGUUCAAAGGCAUCGAGGCAGAAAAGGUGCGAGUUCGAGUGCGGGAGCUGCUGCAAGAGAUGCAACUGCGUCCCUCCCGGCACCUACGGCAACAAGGAGGCCUGCCCUUGCUAUGCUAGCAUCACCACUCACGGUGGAAAGCCCAAAUGCCCCUGAAGACUUGAAUACUUUGCGAGACGUUACAUAUGGAAUUGUUAUUUGCAUCUUCUUCCCUUGGCUUGUUUGUCCAGCUCUGUUUCUAAUGAUCUACAGUAAGAUAAUGUAUUAGCAGGAACUCCUGCUUCCAAGUCUUUUUGUUCGUAUGAUAAAUAAAGGUUGCAGAUCUUGCUCAAAACAUACAGUAUGAAAAUCUAUGCCAAUGAUGAGAACC